GACACGUAGCCGUAUACAGACAUCGAAUCGGACACUUUCUGCCGACCGGCCCAGUCCAUAUUUUGUCCUUUUUAGAACGUAAAUUGGGGUAAGAAUCAAACAAAUAUCGCCAAGUAUCCGUCCAAUACAAUCGUACAUUCAAAAGAGGACUUUUAAACAACACCCGAGACUUCAAGCACAUACAGAAAAUCAGGAAAUAAUCCAGCAACAUGUCAGGUGGAGAUCCAGGCCAAAUGGCCAAUCAAGGGGGCUUCUACAACCAAGGUCCCCCUCCAGAUGCUGGAAUCUAUAACCAGGCUCCACCCAGCGGCCAAGAGUGGUUCAGCCAACCACCAGGAGGUGGUCAACCAGUGUUCUUUAAUCCGUCUGAUUAUCCAAAGACUCAACCUGCAGUUUUCAACCCUUAUAAUCCCGGAGAACCACCGCCAGCUCAGGGUAAUGUCAUCCCAGAAGGUCCCGGAGGACAGCAAGUCAACAACCAAGGCUUCCCAGAAGCCCCUAAGGAGCCCCAGCAGGCAUACGGGCAACCUUUUUAUGGUGAUAGUCAAUACGCAGGUGAGCAGUGGAACAGUGCACAGCAAAAUAAUGGCGUCCCUCAGCAGCAGCCUAGUCAACCCUUGAACGGAGCUAACCACGUGGACUCAAUGAGUGCCAAUCAACAACCCUGGAGCCAAGGCAAUGUUCCAGGGCUGCAACAUUUCACAGAUUACAACCAAGCUCCCAAUACAGGUAUCCAAAGCGGCCUAUACCAACCCUAUGAAAACAACAACGCACAGCAACAGGCUGGACAACCAGGUUCGAAUUACGGAGAGUAUGCAUACAGUGAUGAUAAUGACUCCCAUAAGGGCUUCGGUUCCUUUUACCACGGUGAGGACUCUGAUGUGUUGGCUUCCAGCGGAACGCCAAGUUUGUCAGCUAGCGAGCGACAGACCCCAGAUCAUGCCCUCAGUCCAGCUGCGACUGAUGACCCCAGACAGUCUGUAUCACCACAUUCCAGUGAAGGACAGUCCCAAGUCCAAGAUCACAUCCUACAAGGUGCCGAUUCCUAUGGCCAACAGCGCCAUUAUCAGCCUGGCGUGGAACCUCAGCAAUUUGCUGUUCAACAACAACCUUUUCAACCCCCAGUGUCCCAUCCGUCAGAUAUGACAUUCUAUCAAGGGCAGGCUGCUGAUCAAGUUCCUACUACGAACACUGAUAGCAGGAUUUUUGGAGGCUAUGAAUUAUCCCAUAAUUCUAAUCAAACUGAUCCCAGGAACACAAACCAUGGACUUACAGAACCUAACCAGAAUCGAUCAAAAGAAAGUAGUCCAUUCGCAGAUCAGCCAGUAGCAGCUCCUACCUUUGGACAGUCACAGCAGAUUGGGAUAUCAUCUCACCAGCCAGAUUCCAACUUUGCCAGGAUGAGAAACGACGCUUCUGUCAUGCCAAGUCCAUUAGUACCAUCAUCUGAAGGGGGCUAUCAGUCAUCCAGCUCUGACAGUUUGGCACCCGAAAAGACAGGUCCACCCGUAUUACCUGUCCAGCGAAGUCCAUCAAUCCCAGAUGACCAAAUGAGCAGUCAUAGUCAAGGCAGCUUAAGGCACAGUGGGUCAGUGAGCUCCCAGUCCUUGCCUCCAUCAACUUCCACCAGUAGAAGCAACUCCAUGCUUGGAGAACAGCCUGGUCAUCCCUCUCUCAGCCCAGUUUCCCGAGACACCAGUUUGGGUUCGGCGAGUCCGGGAGGAGCGGCUGGUUCUCCAGUUGUGUUGCAGGGCUCGACGGGCCAAGGCUCAACGCCUCGGCAAAUAGAACAAAGUGAGUCACGUGAUGCCAAUUUGCCUCCAGAUUCUCUUGAUGCUGCUUCCAUAGAACAAUCUUGCUCAAUUCAGAACGGUGAAACGAUAGUAUCAGACCCAUCUCCACAAAUCAGCUCUGUAGCCCCCUUGUAUCAAAACCAACAAAGCCAACCAGAACGCCCAACUUCAUCACCCAGGAAUCUUGAGAAUGAGCAGCAACCGCCGGUUGAACAAUCAGCCCCUCAGCCGACAAUUCCCAACCUAAAUCUGGGACAAGGCUCCCAAUUUCAGCAGGACAGUGGUCGUAUGAUGGGAGAAAUGUCUGUACAGCCAAUGCAAAACGAGCCACCUGUGUCAUCAACAGUCAGCCCAGUCUCGGUUCCUAAUGCAACAACUUUGACACAAGAAAGCAAGCUGGAUGCAUCGGUCCAGCCAGGUCUGAAUCAAUCCGCGCUCCCUGCACCUGCUGACUCAGCUCCUACUUCAUUACCUCCAACAGGUCUGCCCAAGCUCUCGGCUUCCCAAAUGCAGCGGACUGUUCCCCAGGGCCCCAAGGAACUCAGCCCUACCGACGAGUCCCCAAGCACUCACCAUAGUGCUUUCCGCAGCGUUCAACGAGGGACACUGACGUCUGUGAAUCCCUCCCCGCCCCUCUGGUCGGCUGAGGUUCCCCCAAUGCCGGCCAACAUCCUCUUGGCUCCUGCUGCCCCUCCGACUGCCAGCCUUGUACCUCCAGUAAGACUCACAACCCCACAAAACACAGCAUCUACAAAUUUAGCAGCAAGCGUUGCCUCUGUAAGUGUCCCGUCUCUACCAGCCGAAGCAGUAUCCCUUCUUACCCAGCCUGCAGUAAACUCAACUCCGCCAAAUCCAAGCCAGCCAAUUUCAGCAUCGAACACAAACCCGAGCCAUCCAAACAUGCCUUCUCAGACCCCUGCCAGUACAACACAAGCAUCAGGCAUCAGUCAAGUCACACAAAACAUGGGUAAUCUGAACUUGGAUCCAACUCAGAACCCUGUGCUUACUCACCCUAUACCGCCUGUGCCAGGGCAACCAGUGCUUCAUGGUUCUUCCUCUGCACCCCAAGCUAAUAAAGCCACAGAGUCUGUGGUACUAGCUUCAUCAGCCCCUUCUCUGGCCUCUCAAGCUGCCAUGAGUGCUGCCCCUGGUGGAGGUUCUGCACAAACAUCUGUAUCUAGUGCACCCAGUCACAUUCCAUCUGCACAGGCACCCGGGGCAGUCCCAGGGGCUCAACAAAACCAGACAGCUGCAGUUCAGCAGCCGCAGCAAUCAGGCACGGGUGUUGGAGGUGAGCAACACUUUCAACAGCAACAGCAACAACAACAGCAACAACUGCAGCAACAACAGCAGCAGCAACCAGCACUUCCAAUGCAGCAGCAAGGUCCAGCAUAUGGGCAACCACAAACCCACCAAGGGCAAUUUCAGCAACAGGGACAACCACCAAGCAAUCAGUGGUACGACCGGCGAUCCUCGGAUCCGUAUUACGACAGGCAAUACUACGACCAGCGCUACCCGUACGAUUAUCGCAGCCAACACUACGACUAUUACGCCCGGCAGGCUGCGUAUGAUAGACAGAGAGCAUACGCGUACAAGGGAGCUGGAUAUGAUGCAAACAGAUCUUACUCAAGACAAGGAUACAGCAACCAGGAGCGGCCCCGAUCGAGGCAGGGAUACCCCAAUCGGGAGAAGCAAGGGUACCCCGAUCAGGAGAGACAAGCCUACCCUGAUCGGGAGAGGCCACGUUCCCGGCAGGGCUACCAAGACCAGUCCAAGCAAGGAACGUACCCCGAUCAGGAGGACAGGCAGAGGCCCAGGUCGAGGCAGGAAAGAGGCUACGGUGCUGAUGCCUACAACCGAGGCUAUGAGAAGAGGGACUCCAAGGAUUACUACAGAGGUUACGAUGCCUACGGCCGACCGUACGACAAACAGGCCCAGCAGGAGUACUGGGCCAAGCAAGGUUACUACGCCAACCGUAGCUACGACGAUCGUUACCAGAACUGGGAGCGGCAGAGUCAGUACUACCGCGACCGGGGAGACGAGAACCAGCAGAGGCAGAACACCAGCGCGCCCGAGCAGCAGUGGCCGGCUGAAUCGCAGACUGGCAGAGAAGGCUACCAAGAUGGACAAGGCAAUACCAGUUUUGCGUCGGAGUUUCACCACCAGGGCGGAGACACGCCGGAGAAGUACAGCGCCGACCAGAGCAGCAUCUACACCCAGGACUACAGCAAUCAGAACACCAACAGCAGCAUGGGGUACCGGGACCAGUAUGGGAGCAGCUAUGGGUACAAGGACGGUACGGAUGGGGUGUACCAGGAGGAGGUCAAACAAGUCACACCUCCACCAUUGGAGAGGCUCACCCCAGCCAAGUUUGCCUUGCCCCACAUCAUAGCCAGGUUUAGCCCCGGCGGCCACCUAGUCAAGGUCCUGCCCAACAUGCCUCAAGAUGGGAUGCCGGCCAGGGUGGAGAUACACAGCAUAGAGACCAUGCUGGAGCACACUGCUGAAGCAGAGGAGUUGAGGGCAUUCCCAGGACCACUGAUCAAAGGAGAGACCCACAAGAACGACGUCAUCAGCUUCUGUAACGGGAAGUCGACCGCCUGCAAGAACAGCACGGACACGCCGGACAGGGAGUCUGCCUCACUGCUGUGGGACCUGAUGGAGCUGGUCUGCCGACAAAACGGGAACAUCAUGGAAUCUGACGUCUCUGACCUGCUCCUGAAAAACCACCCCAUGGUGACGUCUCCUUCCUCCUCCGCGACCCCUGCCUCUCAGACGGGAGGCGAGGAGGCGGCUGGUGAGGAGACUAACUCCGAGGGUCAAAGGGCAGAGGUCACGGCCAAGAGAAAGCCCCAACUACGGGACGUGGAGAGCGACACCAGCAAGUUCCGCGAGCUGCUGCUAUUUGGUCGCAAGAAGGAUGCCUUGGAGGCUGCCAUGAAGGCGGGCCUGUGGGGCCACGCCCUCCUCCUCGCCUGCAAGAUGGAUAGUAGAACACACACCAGCGUCAUGACUAGAUUUGCCAACAGUCUGCCGAUGAAUGACCCCCUGCAGACUCUGUAUCAACUCAUGUCCGACAGGCAACCGGCUGCUGUCACUAGUUGUGCCGAUGAGAAGUGGGGUGACUGGAGGCCUCAUCUGGCCAUGAUCCUCUCCAACCUCAGCCAGGACUCGGAGCUGGACAUGAAGAGUAUCAUCACGCUGGGAGAUUCACUUGCCUCCAGGGGUCUGUUGAAGGCGUCUCAUUUUGUCUACCUGAUGGCUCAGGUUGGGUUUGGUGUCUACAGCAAGAGGACCAAUAAGAUGGUGCUGCUGGGUGCUAGUCACAGUCUUCCUUUCAAAUUGUUUGCCUUGAAUGAGAGCAUACAGCAGACGGAGAUAUACGAGUACGCUCAGCUGCUGUGCAAUAAACAGUACACUCUGCCAAACUACCAGCCGUACAAGUUCAUCUACGCAACCCGGCUUGCUGAACAUGGGUUAACGACACAGGCUCUGAGUUAUUGUGAGGUGGUGGCCAAUGCCGUGGUGUACAUGCCCAGUCUUUACAGCACUACGCUAGUGACUCAGAUCUACCAGCUUGCCAGUCGUCUGAUCUACCAUGAUGAGAGAUACUCAGACGGCCGAGAGACCGCUGUUCCUGAUUGGCUGAACAGGCUGCAAGAUAUACUCAAUCAAAUGAAUGAGGGGCAGAUACUACCCUCUUCCUCGUCUGGUACCCCGAUGCCCUGGGUGGAAUCCUACAGCAAUCUCAGCACGGUGGACAGUGGGGGCAGUGUGGAGAGCACCGGACCAACCUUUGAGGUGCCCAGCUCAGAAGGCAAAGAACCGUACACUGCAGUUGGCGAUUACACCUUGACUGCAAGCGGCUACUACCAGCCAGCAGCGUCAACUGCGGGUUCCGCAAAUGACCCAACUCAGAGUCAGCCUAAUGCAUACAGCUAUGACCAACAACAACAACAGCAGCAGCAACAGUUACCUGAAGAGAACACGGAACCGAUGACGCAAUAUCCGGGCAGCUACACAACGUUUGGGCAGAGACACAAACCGCUGUCUUCGCUGCCGCAAAAUCUGGAUCCGGGCGCCUCCUUGAACAGCAAUUACUCUGAAUACAGCACGACCAGUCUAACCUCAGCCGGUGAAUCGGGAACGGAGUUUGAGGAGAGCGGAGCCUCCAAGGCGGCUUUUGACUACUACGCGGCCAGCACGAGAACUGGUUCAUUCAGCCAGUACGGUGCCACGCAGGCAGGCAACCCACCCUCCCCCGCCGACACCCUGACGCCCCCGGCUACCCCAGGUGGAAGGACCCGUAACUAUUCAGCGGACUCUACCAAGCAGCCGCAGAGGGAGGAGACAAACCAGAGCCAAACCAGAGGCCAAGGAAAAGCCAAAGGAAAAACCCAAAGCCAAACAGGGCGGUGGUCGAGGCUGGUUUGGCGGGUUCUUCAGUAAAGUGGUUGGGCGGGGCAAUAAUCAGGUCCACCUCCCUGAUGACAGUGACAAGUCUAUCCAGUGGGAUGAGAAGAAGAAGAAAUGGGUGGAUGUCAAUGCAGACGAAGACGAGAGCGAUGCAGCCCCUGCAGCGCCCCCUACUGACCGUGAGCUCCACUCAUCGGUGCCGCAAUCUGCCGAUCCCCAGGGUGGGGGAAGCACCCAGGGACCUCCAGGCCCACCAGCCUCCGGAGAUAACAAAUUCAGAC